AACUGGCAAAAAUAACAAAAGUUCAAAAAUCUAAAAACUAUAACCUGUGCCCUUCCCCCUUUAAUAACAUAAGGAUCUAAGCUACACCUGCCAAUAUGAGGUUUUCUGGUGAUUUUUAGCUUUUUGUUUUUCGAGCCACCAAAACAUAUGAACUGAUGAUGUAAAACCAUAAAUAAAAAAAAAAAAAUAUAACAAAAAUAUGCAAAAAAAAAGUUUUUACAUGCAACAUUAAUUGAGUGCAACCCCUUUCAAAUGUAAACUUGGCACAACAAAAUUUCAAAAGAAAUAAUUUAUAACAAACAACAAAGUUUUCAAUAUACAAAAAUAGAAAGCAAAAACACCUUUAUUUCCUCAAUUUAAAUGUAGUGGUGAACACAGUAAAACUUAUGAACACAUCUUUACAAACAUAGUUUUGUGUAAGGAAAAAGGAAGAUUAUGCAGGAGGCAAGUUAUAGACCUCAAUAUGCUGAGACUACAACUUUGUUGCAAAAUCAAAUGGAAACAAAAGUAACUAAAACAUUAAGGGUCAUUGCACAAGUCACACAUACAGCAGACACACAAACAUUUUAUAAACGAGAUUGUGGAGGAGCUGGAGAAGAUGAUGAUGCUGCAACAGCAUCUUGUUGUAGAAAAUGUAAACAAGACAAAUAUAAUGCUGCUAUAAAUACUAGAAAUGACAUUUGUGGACGAGGCAAAGCAAGCGAGGAUACGGACAAAUAUGUAAAGGAAGAUAGAGAAAGUGCCAAGGAAGAAAUAAAUAUUUGCAUAAAACCAAGAAAUUGCAAUAAACAAAUACGAACAAAAAAAACUACAGCUACAACUACAGUAGAAACAAAUUUAAAUUGCAAAUGCAAGGGAUUUCCUAAUAACAAUGACAACAGUAAUGAUUGCCAGCUAACUAAAUACAACAACAACAACAAUGGCAGCAGCAACAACAGCAACACAAACAAUAAAUUCCUAAACAGUAUUAUUAGCAUUUUAUAUUGUAAACAAUUUAAAAGUACACAACAGCAGCAGCAACUUUAUUAUACACAUCAUUACCCAACAGCAAAUAAAACAUGUCUUACUCAAUGCCUUCAGCAACAGCAGCAAACUUCGGCUCCUUGUCCUCCCCCACAGAAAAUGCUCCUAAAUUGUUCUUAUAAAAUGUCAUCAUAUUUUCCAGAUCUCUUUUACUUUGUAAAUACUCUACUCUUACUUCUCACCGUUAUCCAAUUGCCGCAACAUCUGGUAGAGGCCAGUUGUCGCUAUGAACCCAGUCGUUCAUGUGAGGCAAUAUGUCAACCCAUCUGGUCGACGCCGGAUAACAUCAACAACAAUAAUAAUUAUCAAUCAACUGUAUUAGCAACAAAUAAUGUGACAUUGACAAACUUUUUUCCCGCCGAUUACAAUUGUACAAUACGUGCUCUUGUUCUGAUGCCCGACGAUGAUGGUUACGUGGCAUCAUUGAAACGUGUCGUACCCAUUUUACAAGUGGCAGAGCAACGUAUACAUGCCAGUGGUUUGUUGCCGUCAUACAUACAAUUCGAUUGGAUGCCGCAGGAUGAUAAAUGUGAUGCAGCUUUUGCUGCUGUUAAGGCUAUGGAUGGGAUAGUGAAGAAUUGUUCGCACGUGUUUUUCGGACCCGUUUGUGAUUAUUCAUUAGCUGCUGUUGGCCGUAUAGCCAAGUACUUCAAUAGCAAUGGCACACCCCUCAUAUCAGUGGGUGGUUCCACAUUUGAUUUUGAAAAACCCAAAACUAAAUGUUCGGAUGAAUUUUAUAUGCUAUUGCGUACGGGUAUGUUAAGUUUUGAAUCCAUAUCAGAACUAACAAUAUCGGUAAUGAAAAGACACAAAUGGUCACGUUCCAUUUUCUUUUACGAUGCUGAUGGUCAACGUAAUGUUGCUGGUCAACAUACCUGUUACCUCAUGAUGACCAGUCUGGGCAAACAAAUGCGUAAUGAAAAUAUGACUUUUGCUCAAUAUCGCAUUACAGAAAAGUUUAAAAAUCGUACCGAAGAAAUGACAAGAGAAAUUGGUAACAAAAAUUCUGGUAAGUGGACGACACAAGACAAGUAUUUAUUGGUUAUUUAAGUAAUUAGUUGUUGAUAAGUAAGAUAAGUGUGUGAAAAAAGUGUUAACAUAUAUUGAUGUUAGUUAACAUUUUGUUGGUAGAGAGGAGGAGUUAAAUUUAAACUGUUUAUUGAGUUUAACAGAAAUGUAAAAAGCUUUUGGUUUAAGUGGGAUGACAGCAGUUUGGUAAAGCUUUUCAACAAUGUUAACAUUGGAAAGCAGUAACAUUUUGUGUGAAUGUAUAUUGACAAGUUUUUAGUAAAGUUUAAAACCAGUGGAAAAAAGCUUUUUGUAAAAUGGAGAAAAUAUACCUAUAAUCUGUUAUAUACAUAAAGUUUUAUAUUUUGUAAACUGUUAUAUUUAUAAUGUAUGUAUAUGUAUAACAUUUUAGAAUAUUGGACUUAAGUUAGAUUAACGGAGAAACAAAUACUUUAAAAAAGUUGAAAUACAUAUCUCAAGUUUCCCUAAAGCUUUAAUAAAAUAUGAAAUAAUUUUGUUUUUAACAAGAACUUUUUAAAGUUUCUAGUAAAAUCUUCAACACAUGGAAUUCUCAAAGCUUAGAUCAGCUUAAAAGCUAAUACUUGAUGUCAAAAGCUUUUACUAUUAUAAACAUUUCAAAAAAAACUACAAUUUUACAAGAUUGCAUAAACAUUUUAAUAAAAUAUGAAAUAAAUUUUUAUAAAAUAUUUCUUUAUAUUAAAAGCUUUCUAAAGUUUGCAACAGAAAAUGUUCCUUACAAUUUAGUCUAGCUGGAAAGCUAAUUCCUAAAGUUAAAAGCUUUUUAUGUUAUGAUAAUGUUUCUAACAAUUUAGUGUAACUUAAAAACUAAUUCCCAUAGUAAAAAGCUUUUAAUUUUAUGAAAAAUUUUCAAUUCAAAAAAUUUUACUAAAGCUGAAGUAUUACAUUUAAUGAAUUUAUAUUAAAUAUUUGAUUUUAAUACAAUCUUUCUAAAGCUUUAAAGGCACAUUUACGGAUACAAAGUUAAACUGACUUUUCGUUUUCAGUAACGAUUAAGUUACAAUCGGAAAUGAGCUUUAAGCAAACAUUUCAUGUUAUAGAAUUCUAUAAUAUUGUUAUGACUUUUUAAAGAUUUUAAUUUUUGGUGGCGAAAGCUU